AUGGCCUUCAUCAUGAUAACCACAUACCAACGCUUAGUUUUUGUGUUUCUGUUCUCUUUCCUCUGUUUCUAUACUGUGUUUUCAAGUUCAGCAACUUCCAGGAACAGGAUCACACGGGGUGACUUGAUCAGAGAUGGUGAAACUCUGGUAUCAGAUGGCCUCAAUUUCGAGAUGGGUUUCUUCACUAUGGACAAUUCCUCUUCUCGUUACGUUGGGAUAUGGUACUACAACAUUCCGGGACCAGCAGUUAUAUGGGUUGCGAACAGAGACAAACCCAUCAAAGACAAAGGAGGUGCUAUCACUAUUGCAAGGGAUGGGAAUUUGGUUAUACUUGAUGGAGGGAAGAACCAAGUUUGGUCCAGUAAUGCUUUCAAUACCAGAAAUGACUCCGAAGCUGUGCUUCAUGAUGAUGGCAAUCUUGUUCUUUCAAGCAGUGGCGUUGAGAAAGAGGUAUGGCAAAGCUUUGAGAACCCAACUGAUACAUAUUUACCUGGUAUGAAGGUGCCUGUGAAUGGUGCAAUUGGGAAGAAAUAUAUCUUCACUUCAUGGAAAUCAGCAACUGAUCCUUCACUGGGAAAUUACACCAUGGGGGUUGAUCCUGAGGGAUUACCCCAGAUAGUUGUUUGGGGCGGAGAGAAAAGGAGAUGGAGAAGUGGUUACUGGGAUGGUAGGAUGUUUACUGGUGUAUACAUGACAGGAAACUAUUUCUAUGGUUUUACCCUCAAUAGGGAUGAUAAAGGACAUAGAUACUUCAUAUAUAACCCAUUAAACAGCUCUGACAAGGUUAGGUUUCAGGUAGGAUGGGAUGGGUAUGAAAAGGAGUUCAAGUGGAAUGAAGGUGAGAAACAUUGGGUUGAGACACAGCAAGGGCCUCAUAAUGAAUGUGAGGUUUAUAACAAGUGUGGCAGCUUUGCAGCAUGUGAUUUAUCCACUUCAGGUUCACCCAUCUGUAGUUGCAUACAAGGGUUUCAACCAAAGCAUAGGGAUCAGUCGGCUAAGGGAAACUGGUCAAGUGGAUGUGACAGGAUGACCCCACUGAAGGCUGAGAGAAAUACUAGUUCUGGAGCUCAGAGGAUUGUGAGAGCAAUUGUUUGA